AUGGCUUAUUAUUGGUCAUUCCAAGCUUCGCUCCUCUUUCUCCUUUUCUUUGUAGCCACCUCUCAGUCUCAGGCAAGAGACUUCACCACUCACCUCCAUUUCUUCGUCCACGAGAACGACAACAGCCCCAACGCUACCGCUAUCACCGUCGUAAAGUCCACCACUAGCAACCCCGGCGGCUUUGGCAGCAUUGGGGUCUUCGACGACGAACUACGAGAAGGCUCGACUGCCGACUCGAAGCUCAUUGGGCGGGCCCAAGGCAUAGCUCCCGAGGUGUCGCUUAGCAGCCAGAUGGCUUGGCUCGGACUGCUCAACUUCGUCUUUACGGACGGAGAGUACAACGGUAGCUCACUCGCGGUGGUGUGUCGGGCGACGCUGGAGGGAGCCACCGAGCGUAGCAUCAUCGGCGGCACCGGAAAAUUUCGAAUGGCGAGGGGCUACGCCAUUACUACAUUCGUGAGUGGUGCUCCGGCAGGACACUUUAUCGUCGAGUACAAUGCUUAUGUCGCGCAUUAA